UCAUCUCCUUCUUUCCCUUCCUACCUCUUUCUAGUAAAUUGUUUCUACUCUCUCUCUCUGUCUCUGGAUCUUCCCCAAGCAAGAGGCAAUUAGGGUUUCUGGGCAUAUCGGAGCUUCGGAUUCACGCGGUUUCCUCUUCGGAAUCUCUUUGGCUUCUGCCUCUUCGAUCGUCUAUUCUUUCUGGUGGGUUUUGCAGUGUUAGUGCUGAGGGGUUUUAGUACGAAGUGAUGGCUCAAGUUCUAUGGAAACACCAAGUGUUAAGAGAUUCGGAUUAAGCUGGUUUGCAUUUUCAGGGGUUUCAUUGUUUUUGAAUCUUGGACUGUGAACACGUAUUAGCAUGAGGGGCUCUGUUCUUUCCCAGUUUGUGCCACUGUGAAGCUGUGUUGGUGCAGUGAUCGUUUCAAUGGGAUCGUUCACGGGUGCUUGUGAAAUCGUAGAAGAGAAGGACGAGGUUAAAUCUGCUAAACACUCCAGUAGAUAUUGUAGACCGGUUUCAGGUUCAGGCAAAGAUCUAGAACAUCCUGUGGGCAAGCCAUCCUACCGGGGUUCUCUGGAGUAUGACAUUGAUAAGCUCUUCCAGUCUGUAACUGCGAAAAGCUCAGCCAAAGGAGUAACGGGUUCUUCGUUUCAUCGUCUUGAGAUGAGCUCAAGCACGGGCACGAGCAGGAGCACGAGCCCUUCGAGAAGAAACCCGAUGAAAAAGCCAAUUACAAUGGGGACGCCCAGAUCACCGAGAGUUGGACCCUCUGAUUCAGUCUCUCUGAAGCAAGCUCUGAGGGAUCUUUGCAUUUCCAAGGCAUCUGAAAUGGCUGCACAGAAACGGUUAUCGAAAUCUGCUGCUGCUUCUCCAAGGAUCUCUGAAGCAGACAGGAUAAAGAGUUUGUACAAUCAAGUAUUGGUUGAAUCUGCAAACAGAUCUUUGCUGCAUGUAGACAAGGGUAAAGGCAGCUUGGUUGAGAUGUCUUCGACACCGGAGGAAAAUAAACCGAGCUCUUCAAGGAGUGUGCCUCAGGAAUUUGAUGUCCUCGAGUAUGGAAUCAUUCCCCGCAAAAGUGGAAACAACUCCUUGUCUGAAAAAAUUGCAAACAAACAGUCAGAAACCGAGUUGUUGCGCAAAUCCAGCAAACCUGUGUCUCGUUUUAGUUCCUGCAGUGGUGACGAAGUGAUAGAGUUAGACAAAACUGUUUUGUUGGGUUCUUCUAAUUCUGUCACCAAAGAAGAUCUGGUAGAAGUAGACAAACAUGUCACUUCGAUGCCUUCUCGUUCCGCCAGCAGAGAUGAUUCCACAGAACAAAACAAGAACAUUCUCUCAUCUGCUAGAGUGCAAGAAGAGCAAACAGAGGUAGGUUCUGGGAAGAAGGAGUUGUGUAAUGAACCCAGUUCAGGUACGAAGAACGACAAAAGAUUAAACAAGGUAACAAGAACUAUUCCACGUCCCAAGGCCCGGGCACGAAGAAAGUUUUCGCUCAAAAAGAAGGUCAAGCUUGGGGUAGCUUCUGCAACAUACCCUGUGAAUGAAGUUGGGGAAGUAGAUGAUUCUUUAGAUCCUACAAGAAAUCAACUUCUCUGCCAGAGGUGCCACUGCACGUUGAAGAAUACAAGCAUCAAGACCGACCCAUCUUCGUACCCUAAUCAUAAUCCCGAGGUUGGCUCAGACAAACUGUGCUCUGUUUCAAGAAAUGUCAGUCGAGAAGCUGAUCAGGAUUCUCUUGCAUCCCCUCUUCCGAAUCACAUUGCUAAGAGCGGGAAAGGAGCCAGCGAGAAUUCCUUCAGUUCAUAUAAGAUUAGUCAUAACAGCACUGAAGCCGGAAUUGUCAUGAAACAAGGCGUCUCUUCAGGCAAUUACAGUGGAAACGGUGCCACUGAUGAAAAGGAAAGAGAGAAUCCAACUUCAAGUGAAAAGUUUGAAUUCUCCUUGAGUUCAAAAGAUAGCAUUGGAGAUUAUAGCAGCAGCACAAGCAUGAUGAGUGAAGAGAGCAAUCUAAGCAGGUUUAGCUGUGGCAAUAAACCUCACAUGUCGAUGGAUGUGAGAUGGGAAGCCAUUAAGCAUGUCAAAUUGCAGUAUGGCACUUUAGGUCUUCGGCAUUUCAACCUUUUGAAGAAGCUCGGGUGUGGAGACAUAGGAACAGUAUAUCUUGCUGAGUUGAUCAGUACAAACUGCCUGUUUGCGAUAAAGGUAAUGGACAAUGAGUUCUUGGCAAGAAGAAAAAAGACACCAAGAGCCCAAACAGAGAGGGAAAUACUGAAAAUGUUGGAUCAUCCUUUUCUACCGACCUUGUAUGCCCAAUUUACAUCGGAUAACUUAUCGUGUCUGGUAAUGGAAUAUUGUCCUGGUGGAGAUCUUCAUGUCCUGAGGCAGAAACAGCUCGGCAGAUGUUUUCCUGAACCUGCAGCAAGGUUCUAUGUAGCGGAAGUUCUCCUCGCACUGGAGUACCUACACAUGCUCGGUGUUAUAUACCGAGAUCUAAAACCCGAAAACAUUCUUGUCCGAGAAGAUGGCCACAUUAUGCUUACGGAUUUCGACCUCUCACUCAGAUGUGCUGUGAACCCAACUCUUCUCAAAUCAUCUUAUCCCCCCGGGACAGAUCCAGCCAGGGUUUCGGGUCCACAGAACACAUCCAACUGCAUACAACCCUUCUGCAUUGAGCCAUCUUGUCGGGUCCCCUGUUUCAGCCCGAGGCUAUCGUCAUCCCAACCCGCAAAACAGAAAAUCCGAAAGCCAAAAAGGAUUGAUCUUUUGACACAACAGUUCAAAUCACUACCCCAACUCGUGGCGGAGCCAACCGAUGCAAGAUCCAAUUCAUUCGUGGGGACCCACGAGUAUUUAGCCCCGGAAAUCAUCAAAGGAGAGGGGCAUGGAGCUGCAGUGGACUGGUGGACAUUCGGAAUCCUUCUCUACGAGCUUUUAUACGGUAAAACACCUUUCAAAGGUUACAACAACGAUGAGACAUUGGCGAAUGUUGUAUUGAUGAACCUCAAGUUUCCCGAUAGCCCGCUGGUGAGUUUCCAAGCGAAGGAUCUGAUCAGAGGGUUGCUUGUGAAGGAUCCUGAGAAUCGUUUCGGGUCAGAGAAAGGAGCUGCAGAGAUCAAGAGGCACCCGUUUUUCGAGGGACUGAACUGGGCUCUCAUCCGUUGCGCUAUCCCGCCCGAGCUGCCCGAUUUAUACGAGUUUGGAGCUCCGGAGGUGGUGAAUUCGCCCGAGGGUAACAACAGGUAUCUUGAGUGUAAAGCCGUAGGAGAUCAUCUUGAGUUUGAGUUGUUUUAGGGGUGUCAAAAAAACAACUUUCUGGUGAAAUGUGUCAAAGAACAUGAAAUAUAUGUUAUUCCGCACAAGGGUAUGUCGUCUUUGUAUCAGAUUCACAACUGUUGAAAUUUUUAAGCCUACUAUGUAAAGUUUCCUCCUCUUUGGAGAAUUUUGAAUUUCCAAUUAAA